AUGGGGACGGCGGGGAAGGGCGCGUGGGUGGUGCCGGCGCCGGCGUACAGGGAGGUGGACGGGUGGGAGGGCAUCGGGGAGGACGCGCCGGGCUUCAGGUGCAGCCACUCGCUCACCGCCGUCGCGCCCACCAAGGGCCACGGCCCGCGGCUUAUCCUCUUCGGCGGCGCCACCGCCAUCGAGGCCGGCGCGUCCUCGGGCCUCCCCGGCAUCAGGCUCGCGGGGGUGACGAACUCGGUGCACUCGUACGAUGUGGAGAAGCGCAGGUGGACAAGGUUACAUCCUGCUGGAGAGCCUCCAUCUCCGAGGGCCGCGCACGCUGCAGCUGCAGUGGGCACCAUGGUUGUUUUCCAGGGUGGGAUUGGACCAGCAGGGCACUCCACAGAUGAUCUCUACGUCCUUGACCUCACAAACGACAAGUUUAAAUGGCACAGGGUCGUUGUUCAAGGGGCAGGGCCUGGUCCUCGCUAUGGUCACUGCAUAGAUUUGGUAGCCCAGCGAUAUCUUGUCACUGUUUCGGGAAAUGACGGAAAGCGGGCAUUAUCAGAUGCUUGGGCUUUGGACACAGCACAGAAACCAUAUAGGUGGCAGAAACUUAACCCUGAAGGUGAUAAACCUUCAGCAAGAAUGUAUGCUACUGCCAGUGCACGCUCUGAUGGCAUGCUUUUACUUUGUGGUGGAAGGGAUGCUUCUGGCAUGCCACUUUCUGACGCCUAUGGACUAUUAAUGCAUACAAAUGGCCAGUGGGAAUGGACUCUAGCCCCAGGGGUAUCUCCAUCUCCAAGAUAUCAGCAUGCAGCCGUUUUUGUUGGUGCUCGGUUGCAUGUUACUGGAGGUGUCCUUAGAGGAGGUAGAGCUAUUGAAGGAGAGGGCGCAAUAGCAGUCCUGGACACUGCUGCUGGAGUUUGGUUGGAUAGAAAUGGCAUUGUGACCUCUCGUACUUUGAAGUCAUCCAAUGAGCAUGAUGCUGCUUCGGAUCUACUUCGGCGCUGUCGUCAUGCUGCUGCCUCAGUUGGUUCUCAGAUUUACAUUUAUGGCGGACUCAGGGGAGAUAUCCUCCUCGAUGAUUUCCUGGUUGCUGAGAAUGCACCUUUCCAAUCAGAAAUCACUUCAUCUAUGUACAAUGUUGAUAGAGUCCCUUGGGGGGAAUCUCAAAAUAGAAACAAUAGUUUUCAUUCAGAUUCACCUGUCCGUCAGUCUACAAAUAACAGGCAAGAGACAGCUUCUGGUUUCAGUGCGGACAAGAAGUCAAUUGACAUGUUGAUAGAGGCCUCAACUGCGGAAGCUGAAGCUGUCAGCGCUGUAUGGCGAGCUGCUAAGGAAGCAUCUGCAGCAUCUUCGGAAGAUAGUCUUUCGGAGGGAAUAGGAUCGGAGUCCCCACUGAGUGAAACUUCACCAAUGCCUGACGAUUUCGAUGAUGGGGGAUCCCUAGAACCAGAUGUGAAACUACAUUCUAGAGCAGUUGUGGUUGCUAAAGAAGCAGUAGGAGAUUUAGGAUGCUUGGUCAGACAGCUCUCACUGGAUCAAUUUGAGAAUGAAAGCAGACGGAUGCAUCCUUCAAACAAUGACCAAUCUUAUCCAGGCAGGAGAACAUUAAAUAGACAACGAUCACCACAAGGUUUGCAUAAGAAGGUUAUUUCGUUCUUACUUAAGCCAAGGAAUUGGAGAGCUCCUGCUGAUAGAACCUUUUUUCUGGAUUCUUACGAAGUUGGCGAGCUAUGCUAUGCUGCCGAGCAGAUUUUUAUGCAAGAACCAACUGUUUUACAAUUAAAAGCACCAAUUAAAGUAUUUGGUGAUCUUCAUGGGCAGUUUGGGGACUUAAUGCGCCUUUUUGAUGAGUAUGGUUUUCCGUCAACUGCUGGUGACAUAACGUAUAUUGAUUAUCUCUUCUUGGGAGACUAUGUUGACCGAGGUCAGCACAGCUUGGAGACAAUAACUUUGCUUCUUGCUCUUAAAAUUGAGUACCCUGAAAAUGUACACUUGAUCAGAGGAAAUCAUGAAGCUGCUGACAUCAAUGCUCUUUUUGGCUUCCGCCUUGAAUGCAUUGAGAGAAUGGGUGAAAGUGAUGGGAUAUGGGCUUGGACAAGAUUCAAUCAACUGUUCAAUUAUCUCCCACUUGCUGCCAUGAUAGAAAAGAAAAUAAUCUGCAUGCAUGGUGGCAUAGGAAGGUCAAUAAACACCGUGGAGCAAAUUGAGAAACUUGAAAGGCCUAUCACAAUGGAUGUUGGUUCCAUUAUCCUCAUGGACCUCUUAUGGUCUGAUCCUACAGAAAAUGAUAGUGUGGAGGGUUUGAGACCUAAUGCACGAGGGCCCGGCUUAGUGACAUUUGGGCCUGAUCGAGUAACAGAAUUCUGUAAACGAAACAAAUUGCAAUUGAUCAUAAGAGCCCAUGAGUGUGUUAUGGAUGGGUUUGAACGUUUCGCUCAUGGACAAUUGAUCACUUUAUUUUCAGCAACAAAUUACUGUGGUACUGCAAACAACGCAGGGGCCAUACUUGUUGUUGGCAGGGGCUUAGUUAUCGUGCCAAAGUUAAUUCAUCCACUUCCACCGCCUGUUAAUUCACCUGAGUCCUCCCCUGAACGUGGGGAUGCCACAUGGAUGGAGUUUCAAGGUACAUAUGGUAUAGCCAAGAAGAACAACCAACAGGACAUCAUGGAUACACUUGAGAUCAGUUCCCUGCUCCUCACCGGGAAGCUACAUAACAGCAUUUCAGAUCUCAAGCAACAUUAUAUGCUUCCCAGCCUGAUUUGGCGCUCUACUCCAUUGUUUGGACCGAAAGUUGCGAUACCGGUGGACAAUAAUCAAGUCUGA